GGUCUGCCAAAGCCCAUAGGGAGCACACGGGGUCUGGUUUGGCCCAGGUACGAGGAGAUCGCGUUUUCUUUAUGGGCACCGGCCGUGCUAGUCGCGUUUCCACCGCAGGAGGUCGCCGGAGCUCCGGCACGCGGCGGCGCGGAGCACGGAGACGUGCCCUUACUGACCGCACGCGCAGGUGUUUGAGGAAAUGCUGCCCGAGGAAAUCCGCCCUUCAGAAUUUCAGAUGGUCAUGGCUCAUGGGACUAUGUCCAGCGCGUUUACACCGCCUGCCUGAGUAGCUACGGAGGAGGAAACAACAAUUUUGCUGGAACUUUCUUGGCAAACUCCCUCUGCCAUGUAUUCAGUGAAGAUGAAAGUUCCAUGUGGACGUCACAUCAUUGGAAGUUUCUUAGGAUGAUCCUAAGCCAGAUGUUCAAUACUUGAGGCUGGAAAUUUUCUCAUCGACGGGACCCGCAGGAAGUCCCUUAGAAGUCAAAAGUGGAGUGCUUUUCCAAAAAAUAUUUUCAAACUCAGUCUCUGACCAAGUUAUAAUAUAUGUGCUGGCUAGGUACUGGGUCCUUCUUUGCAAGGGCUGUUCUUUGCAGUUCUCUGUGAGGAGAUGGCAACUUUGAGUGGUGUGGGUCAAGUGGCCACCGUUGCGCAGCUAGCAGGGAUAGAUGCAUAUGGGCUGAUCAAGAUGAUUGUGGAGGCAGUGCAGACGGUCAAGAGGAACAAAGAGACCUGCCAGAAGCUCGCGAGGCGUGUGAAGAUGAUAGGUGACCUGCUGCAGGAGCUUCAUGAGGCACAACUGAUGCAACACCGAGAUACGAGGAACCCAGUGGAGCAGCUGGAGGAGACACUUCGGCGAGCAUUUAUGCUCAUCACAACCUGCCAGGACAGCAGUUUCAUGUAUCAUUGCUUUACUGGAGGUAAUCAGGCUUGCCAGUUACAGGAGGUGGAGAAUGAUAUCGCCUUCUACCUCCAGAUAUUCCCCCUCGUGAGCCAUGUAGAUACUUCCCGUACUUUCGUCCUGGAUUUGAGCAGACGUCAACCUUCACAUACAGAGGAGUAUGCCAAGGAGGCGCAGAUACUAAAAGACAAUUCAGGCCAUGGAACUUCACCAAAGUUUAAAGCCACAUCUGAGACAGUUGAAUCAAGACUCCAGGAAGUAAAUCAGAAUUCGGCAAAUAAUAAAGAAAAGUUAACAGGGAACCAUUUUUCCAAUGGACCACAAAAAAGGAAGGCUGAACGAAUAGCUGUGGACAAGGACAUACUUGUAAACCUAUUAUGUGCUGAGAGAUGUUCAAGAUUGUUGCUGUUUAAUCUUUCUCAGGUCGUAAAGUUUACAGAAAAUUUCAAAUGGGAUAACGUGGUUGGACGUGGUGCUUUUGGUUAUGUUUACAAGGGAAAACUGCCUAGUGGAACUGAGAUUGCGGUCAAAAGAUUUGCAGCAUCGUCAACUCAAGGUUUAGAAGAAUUCACUGCUGAGAUUGAAACAAUUGCAAAUCUUCAACAUAGAAAUGUAAUUAGGCUACUUGGGUUUUGCAUUCAAAGAGAAAAGGACUUUCUUGGAUUUCAUAUUCAGCAUGAAGAGAUGAUUCUUGUCUACGAAUACAUGCCAAACAAGAGCCUGGCUUCUUUUCUAUACAGCUAUACAAAGACAAGAGAAUCACUUAAUUGGUCUAAGCGCCUCCAUAUAAUUGAAGGGAUAGCUCAGGGUCUUGUUUACCUGCAUGAUCUAUCUCAUCAAUGUGUUGUCCACAUGGAUUUGAAAGCAAAUAAUAUAUUGUUAGAUUAUGACAUGAACCCUAAGAUUUCUGAUUUUGGGAUGGCUAGAAUAUUGCCUUCUAGUGGGACUGAAGAGACCUCAGAUACUGUUAAGGGCACAAAUGGUUAUAUGGAUCCUGAAUAUAUCAGGUAUGGGAAAUUCUCAGUGAAGUCUGAUGUUUAUAGCUUCGGCAUCCUGAUCCUUGAGAUCGUAAGUCGAAAGAGGUGCAUUUCGUUAUCACCCAAUGGAGAUAUGAUGAAUCUACCAACACAUGCCUGGGAUCUGUGGAAAGCAGGAAAGUCCCACGAGCUUCUUGACCUAUCACCAGUACCACUAUGUAAUGAACCACAAACAGCUCAGAUCAUCAAAUGCAUUCACGUGGCACUACUGUGUAUCCAAGACUGUCCGAUGCACCGGCCUACUAUGUCGGAUGUUCUUCUGAUGCUACGCAGCGAGAGCAUAAGCUUGCCUACACCUAGCGUACCAUCAAGCUGGAGUGUCGACCCUUGAGAGUUGAGAGGCUCUGGGAGGUGAACUUGGCACUACAAGCGUGUUCAAGAGAUUAUCAGCUUGGUUGAGACCACAUUAUAGUGCAGAGGGGUGCAGUCCUAUUAGUUAGCAUGUUCAUGCUGAUAAAUUCUGCACAUAUUUUCAGAACUACCUGUUAUAUUAUUGACCGCCUACUAGCCGAACAAUUGACCCAUAAUCCUUUUGUGUUAGUAGCUUAGAAACGGCAUAGCCCUUGUUCACCGGGUGCUCCUGGUUGGCUGGGUCAGACAGGUUUAGUCCCAGGUGCCUGGUCGGAUGGCUGUCAAAGUUGUCGCUGGGAGUAUGUAAAACGAUAAAAAGAAUAGUCGAAGGGAGAUAUUUUUAUCCGUCUA